UGUCAGACCAGGAAGUGAAUGUACUGUAAUAUAGAGGAGAGCACCUCCUGCUGUCAGACCAGGAAGUGAAUGUACUGUAAUAUAGAGGAGAGCACCUCCUGCUGUCAGACCAGGAAGUGAAUGUGGGGUCAGAGGUCAGGGCCCAGCGGGGGUCCGGGGAGCGGGUGGACCUCCUCCUCUACGACCGCUCUGAGGAGACCCGGAGCAGCAGGAGGCGCAGCAAGAAGGACCUGAGCCGCUUCUCCCUGAUUGGCUGUCCCAACGCGGGCCCCACGGUUCCUCACCUGGUGUUUCUUGCGGUGAGUCCAGAAGAAAAGGAAUCCUGGAUCAAUCAUCUCAACGCCGCCAUCCUCAGAGCCAAGAGCCACAUGCUGGACCAGGUCCGGGUGGAGGAGCAGGUGGUUCUGCUCCACCCAACCAGAGACCGUGUCCGGAUCCCUCCAAUCAGACGCCUUCCCAGUAGAGGACACCUGCUGAGUGUGUCCUCCUCCCAGGGCAUGUUGACCCUUGACCUGGUGGAGGAGGAGGAGCUCCAUCCUGGGGGUGCAGAGGUCAAAGGUCGGCAGCGGUCCGGUACCGACGCCUCCCAGCUGCGGCCGAGCCCCAGGGGGCCGGCCACCGGCAGCCUGCCCAGAGGCAGCGAGCGCUGCUGGGGCCGGCCGCGCCCGGAGGCCCCUCAGACCUCCAGGACCUCCAGACCUCCACACGCACAGCAGGUCCAGUCGUUGACGCCCCAGCUGGGGAAGCGGCUCAGCGCCCAGGGCAGGAGGCGCUGCUCCUCCAUGGACCAGGGCCUCUCCUCCAGACCGGCGAGGAUCCACUUUGAGUUCAGGGCUCCGGGUGGAGGUCAGGGUGGAGGUCCGGAUGGAGCUCCGGGUGGAGGUCAGGGUGGAGUUCAGGGUGGAGGUCCGCUCCAGAGCCUCAUCGCCCAGAAGAUGCAGCGAGCUCAGGAGCUCCUGGAGGAGCUUAGGCUCCAGGAGCUGCAAGAGGCGGGGCUUGGAGGAGGAGCCCCUCCUCUCAGGAAGGACAUCCACUCUCCACGACUCCGCCUCCUCCAUAGAGGCCCCUCCCCCUCCAGCUCCUCCUGCAGCCCAGAGGCUCCUGUCCGGGCUCAACAGAGCACCUCCCAUCCUCCUCUGAGGACCAGCGAGGAGCCUCCACCUCCUCCUCCCCUCCUCGACUCCUCUCCUCCUCUGAGGAGCAGCGAGGAGCCUCCACCUCCUCCUCCCCUCCUCGACUCCCAUCCUCCUCUGAGGAGCAGCGAGGAGCCUCCACCUCCUCCUCCCCUCCUCGACUCCCAUCCUCCUCUGAGGAGCAGCGAGGAGCCUCCACCUCCUCCUCCCCUCCACGACUCCCAUCCUCCUCUGAGGAGCAGCGAGGAGCCUCCACCUCCUCCUCCCCUCCACGACUCCCAUCCUCCUCUGAGGAGCAGCGAGGAGCCUCCACCUCCUCCUCCCCUCCACGACUCCCAUCCUCCUCUGAGGAGCAUCCACGACUCCCAUCCUCCUCUGAGGAGCAGCGAGGAGCCUCCACCUCCUCCUCCCCUCCUCGACUCCCAUCCUCUUCGGAGGCUCAGCGAGGAGUCUGCCGCCGCCUCCUUCUCCCCCGAGGCCCCGAAGAACGCCGGCACCUCCCCUGCCCGGACGCCCGCCUCCCCGCCGGCCGAGGAGGGGGAGGAGUCUGAGCAGCGUGAGGAGGAGAAGGAGCAGUGUGAGGAGCAGGAGGAGUCUGAGCAGCGUGAGGAGGAGGGGGAGGAGUCUGAGCAGCGUGAGGAGGAGGAGGUGGCGUGUCACCGUGCGGAGGCCGUGCGUCUCCUAGAGGAGGCGGUGUGCUCCUGGAAGGAGGCGCGGGAGGUGCUGGAGGAGGUGAAGGCGCUGCAGAGUCUGACCCUGAGGGGGCGGCGCCGGACGGCCGGCGGGAAGACUCCUCGGUCUCCCACGGCAACCGCCGCCCCCCCGCAGGGCCACGCCCUCCAGGGUGAGGAUAGGCCCGCCUCUGUGGUAGACGAGGACCAAUCAGAGACAAGCUGACUUUCUUAAUGCCGUGGCAACACAUUCAACCUCUCCUGCCCACCCCUGCUUUUACAGCACAUGCACAAAAGUAGGACGUCGUUCUGAAACAUUUCUAUAACAUUUGUAAAAUGGGACUCGUAUUUAUCUAUGCUAAUAUUUAUACGAAGAUCAAUACCAGCAAUACCUCAGAGCUUAAUGCUUUGGCCAAUCAGGUGAUCUAAGUGGAUCGUCAGUGCCGUCACUCUGUAGUGACAUCACUGUGAUGUCAGAGGGGAAGUCCGUUCUGCUGCUCCAAAAACUGUUUACAACUUAGUACGACAAGAUGCAUGUUUACACUGAUGCACUGUUGAAUCAUUGUUGUUGUUGUUGUUGUUGUUGUUGUUGUUGUUGUUGUUGUUGUUGUCAGUAGGUGAGUGCUGACGCAGCAUUCAACUAUUGUUCCUCUUAGGCUUUCUUCUCUCUUUCUUUAUUAUUCUCUACAAAUGCCAGGACGCUUCUCCUUCCUGUUACACCUGGUGACUCCAUUCCACUUUUAUAAUGUUCAUAGCUUGAAAUUGCGAGCUACCGUUCACAUUUUUAACAAAUAGAAACUUUUUAAAAUAUUCCACUUUUUUCCGCCCAUUCUCCGACACUUCAACUACUUCUGACUUCGUAACUUGGUUAAUUGAUUAACUUUAACUUUGAUUCAAACAUAUCACAAAUGAAGACACUUUGAUCUUCAAACAUAUCAGAUUUUCGAUAUCAUUUAUACUACUACUACACAUCAGGUGCAAUCCCGGUAGAAGCUGAAGACUAACAUCACUGCUUAAAAAUUCCACGGAAUACAACGGUAUAAGCCCCAUCAUUUUGUGAGCUUAUCUCUAUAAACUAAAUGUGAAAGAAUAACUUUAAUUGCACCAUUUCCCAAGUGACUACAAGUGAUGACACACACACAAAUAACAGCUCAGCUAUUCUACAUUUAUCUCAAAUGUAUUCAAACUUUAUCACUAGCUAUUAGUAACUCUUUACUUUAUAUGUUUCCAGACAUUUUAGAUUUUCUAAAUGGUGUGCAUGUUUACAUUGUUUAGACUUUUGAACUUGUGACUUUUGUUCAAAUCCCUUCACUUGAUUUAAGUCAUUCAAUAUUUCUUUGCGUCUUAAACUAUGUGGCUUUAUUAAAACAUGUUUUCAACCUCA